UGCUUUAGCUUGUUUAUACCUUUACAAGCAUGGUCCGACUUGUGUGCGAAGGAGGGGAAGGCGUUAAGAACUUAUAUAGACUAUCGAUCUCUAACUACUUAAGCUUUUAGAAACUAGUGGUUAAUUAUCAAUUUGUUCUUUCUUAUUAUGAUAACAAUAAUGAAUGCACCCAUCCAACCAUAUCCAACCUAGCUAGCUUCAUGCAACCCAUAAGUGGAUGGAUUGGCUUGUGCUCUAACCUACUUCAGCUUGACCUGUGAUAUCGAAAGAUAUAUUCAAGCAUGAGUCAAACUUAACUACGAACACUUAGAUGUACCAAGAAAAAACUACGAACAUAUGCGCUUGGUUUAUUUCCAGGAUGAUAUCAAAUUGAACUUGUGCUUUUAGUUAUUUUUUUGAGAGAAAAGUAGGGGGAAUUCAUGCACGCUAUGAUUAUAUAUGUCUCGCCAUUUGGAGAUGCAUCAUCCAAGAUUUGAAUGCAAAAUCGUUGUUCGCCAAGCACCAAGUAGACCUCCGAGCCCUAAUUUAUGGUGCUUUACUUAUAUCUGUGAGUAAAAUAUUCAAGCAUGGCUCGUAUGUGAGCCUAACCUAAGACAUAGCUUGAUAUGGGCUUAUUUCUUAGUCAAGUCAAGUGAGCUCGAAUAAAUUCUGCUACCAAUUCAAUCUUGGCCAGGGAGACCUUUGUAUUAAGACAGAAGAAUUUUAUAGAAGCUUGCCUCUGAACCUAGUGAUCUCAAGCAAACUCGUAACCCAACCAAGCCCAACCCAUUCACGUACAGCUUGUGUGAUGAUUCAUCUGCAGCCGUUAACGGGCAGAUGUAAUAGUGAUCGUAGGUAUAAAUCUUUUUCGGGUGUAUAAGACCUACAUCGAUGGUUGCCGAGUGCCGACUUGGCGUCCCCGGGAAAUAAAACGCUCGAUAUCGGAGGCCUUGGCUAGGGUUUAAUCCGCGGCGGAGCAGACCCGAUGGGUAAGGGAACGGGGAGCUUCGGGAAGCGGAGGAACAAGACCCACACCCUCUGCGUCCGCUGCGGGCGCCGGAGCUUCCACCUUCAGAAGAGCCGAUGUGCCGCCUGCGGCUACCCGUCCGCCCGGAUCCGCAAAUAUAACUGGAGCGUGAAGGCGAUCCGGAGGAAGACGACCGGGACUGGGAGGAUGAGGUACCUCCGCCACGUCCCUCGCCGCUUCAAGACCAAUUUCCGUGAAGGUACUCAAGCGGCCCCGAGGAAAAAGGCGGCGGACUCUGCAUCCUUCUAAUGCAUUAAAAGGGGGGAACUUUACAUGCACAAUUUUGUGAUUUCCCGUUAUUUAGCUGAACUUUUGCCACUAUUUUUGCUUUUCUUUUUAAUGAGAAUGUGAGUGUGGCUUCGAUCUUGUCUGAUUAGAUACUUAUUGAAUGAAGCUAGGAUUUUUCUUUUUGUUUCUACAUUAAGAGUUAUAUUGUGACUUGGUUGUGGAUAUUGAUAGCAAAUUCAAAUUUCUUAGAAAAGCUACAGGCUAUGAAAAUCAUUGUCUGGCU